UUGGGCAGCGUUGAAUGUGUAAAAGCCGAGCUGUGCUGCGCGCUCGAUUCUCUCCGGGCUUUCCCUUCGAGUCGGCUUCUUCCGCAAGGACACACGUCACCUGGAAGGUAGGUGUUUGUGUUGCCCCUGUUGGCUGCGCUCAGGAGCACGCCGUCAGAGGUGAGGCUGUGUGGAAUGAGGAUGGACAUGUAUCGGGGAUGCGAGUCAGGUGACAAGUGUGAUGAUGUGAUAGCCAUCGACAACCCGUCUGCGGCGCAAUGCAAAUGCGCGCCUACGACGUCCUUCAUGGCUGCGCGCUUUCUCUCUCCGAAAGCCGAAAAAUAAUGAAGAAAGUGCUCGUCGUCACCUAUCUCUGUGGUGCGCCAAGACUGGUCAAGCCAGCAGCAAAGACACGAGGGCGUGUCAGAGUAGCUGACCCUGCACAUCUCUCGGGUCCAAGGGAAGCGUAAGGAUGGUCCUCUUUGUGAUCGGCCUCGGCUUGGCCGACGAGCAAGACAUCACGCUCAAGGGUCUGGAAGCAAUCAAGUCUUGCGAACAUGUCUACCUCGAAGCCUACACGUCAAUCCUCAUGGUCCCGGACUACCAGCAACGGCUCGAGAAGCUGUAUGGGAAAUCGGUGACACUGGCCACGCGUGAGACAGUGGAACUGCAGGCGGAUGACCUGAUCAUCCAACAGUCCAAGAUAGGCAACGUUGCCUUUCUCGUCGUCGGCGAUCCUCUCAGCGCAACGACGCACACGGACCUCAUCCUGCGUGCGCGCUCGCAAAAGGUAGUCGUCAAGGUCAUCCACAAUGCCAGCAUCAUGACGGCAAUCGGAAGCAGCGGGCUACAGGGCUACAACUUUGGACAAACAGUCAGCAUCCCAUUCUGGACAGAUGAGUGGAAGCCCGACAGCUGGCUCGAGCGAAUCGGCGAAAAUUUCCGAAUAGGCUGUCACACGCUGUGCUUGGGUGACAUUAAAGUUCGCGAACAGAGCCAGGAGGACAUGGCAAGAGGUCGCUUGGUAUACCAACCACCAAGGUACAUGCUAAUACCGCAGCUCAUCACGCAGUUGCUCGAGGCAGACCUUCAUCAUCAGACAAAAUACAUGCUGGCCCAUUCAACGUUGGCGAUUGCACUAUGCAGAAUGGGAAACUCCUCUUCUUCGCCAUCAUCAUCACAUAGCAAGCAGCAAGACGGGGAGCUGAUCGUCAGCGGGACGCUGCACGAGCUGCUCGCCCUCUCGUCCGCGUCGCCCGAGGAGCUGGUGGCAGAAGAAGCGCAGGACGAGGAGGAGGUGCCGGACGCAGGUGAGGCCGAGCUGGCGCAGCGUCGCGCAGCGCGGGCUGAACAGCGCGCUAUGAAGGCAUUCGGUGCACCGCUGCACAGUCUUGUGUUGGUGGGAAAGCGCCUGCAUCCGCUGGAACGAGAUUAUGCGGCUCAGUACAUGGUGCCAGGGAGCCAGUGGAUGAAGGUCGCGGAGGAUGUGUACGGCUGCCGAUAGUGCAAAGCCGUUGCGCUAAUGAGGAGAGAUGAAAUCUAUUAAGAC